UACCAUUAGUAAAGGCUGCAGUGAGCAUCUGACUCCACUACUAAAAACAGUAACAGCUAACAAGAGCAAGAGAGACACAGCGACAAAAGUAACUUACCAUUCAAAUUAUACCUAUGAUCAGGACCUACGUUUAAAUCCUGAUGCCUACAUUUUUAACUUUGUGGUCCUGGCAGUUCUUAAACUCAUUUGCCUUAGUUUUUCCACCAGCAUCUGUAGAUGGAUAUUAAUGGUAAUUAACCUCUACAUUUAUUACAAGGAUCACAUGAACUAAUGCAUGAAAAGUGCUUUGUAAAUAAACAACCCAAUUUAAAAAUGGGCCAAAGACCUUAACAGACACCCGCCAAAGAGGAUCCACAGAUGACAAAUACACAUAUGUCAUCAGGGAAACAAAAAUUUUAAAAAAUGAGAUCCCACUACACACCUUUUAGAAUGGCCAAAAUCUAAAACACUGACACCACCAAAUGCUGGGGAGGAUAUGGAACUGCAGGAACUCUGAUUCCCUACCGGUGGGAAUGUAAAAUGGUGCAGCUGCUUGGGAAAACAAUUUGGCACUUUUUACCAAACAUAUUCUUACCGUACAACAGUAGCACUCCUUGGUAUUUACCCAAAAGGUUUGAAAAUUUAUUCCACGCAAAAACCUCAACAUGGAUGUUUAUAGCAGCUUUAUUCACAAUUGCCAAAACUUACAAGCAACCAACAGGUCCUUCAGUGAGGGAGUGAAUGGAUAAAUAAGCUGUUGAGAUAAUGGAAUAUUAUUUAGUGCUAAAAAAGAAAACAAAAAAAACAAGCCAUGAAACAACAUGGAGGAAUCUUAAAUGCAUAUUACCAAGUGAAAGAAGCCAAUCUGAAAAGACUACAUAUUAUUUGGUUUCAACUAUAUGACCUUUGGGAAAAGGCAAAGCUCUGCAGAGAGUAAAAAGAUCGCAGGUUACCAGGAAUUAGGGAGAGGGGGAUGAAUAUGUGGAGCACAGAGGACUUUUAGGACAGCAAAAAUACUCUCUAUGGUAUUAUGAUGAUGGAUAUAUGUCAUUAUGCAUCUAUCCAAACCCAUAAAAUGUACAAGAGCACGAGUGGACGUUAAGAUGAACAAUGCACAUUGGGUGAUGAUGAUGUGUCAGUGUAGGUUUAUCACUAGUAACAAAUGUACUAUUCUAAUGGGGGAUUUGACCACGGGAGAGGCUAUGCAUGUGUGGGCUCAGAGGGUAUGUGGGAACUCUCUGUACUUCUCAUUUUUGCUAUGAACUUAAAACUAAAGUGAAAAAGAUAAAAUUAAGUCCGUUAAAAGGCUUGAAAAGGCUUAAAAAAUAAAGUCUCUUAAAAUUAAAAAAAAUAUUUUUGGUAGAUACUUGUUUACUUCACCUCUUGUUAAAUUAUUCUAAUCAUUUUAUCAUAAAUGAGUGCUAAAUGGAUUCAUUUUUUUAACAGCUAAAGAAAAACAAGUGCUUCGAAAGGCUUCCAACCCUUACAUGUUCAAUACAUAUUAGAUAAUUUUUAUUAAAAUACAAAAUUGAGUGUUAAUACUCUCAAUUGAUGAAGUUUUAAUACGCAUGAGAUUUAUAUGAAAUGCCUAGAAUAGGCAAAUCAGUACAGGUAUAGAAUAGGUGAGUAGCUUUCAGGGUCUAGGGAAGCGAAGAAUGGAGCAAGACUGGUAAUGGGUAUGAGGUUUCUUUGUCAAAUUGAUAAAUAUGUUUUGCUUUAGUGGUGAGAGUUGCACCACACUGUGAAUGUACUAAAUGUCACUGACUUGUGCACACUUUAAAAGAAUGAAUUUUAUGGUGUAGUAAUCAUGCUGUAUUGAAAACCUUCUAAAAAUUAAAUGAGAAGGCUAGAGAGACAAGUAAAUUUUGGAAUAGUGUUUUUUUAAUCGGUUUACACAAUACCUGGCAUGUUAAGCACACUCUACGUAUAUAAUAUACACUAUAAUAUGUAUGAUAAUAUGUAUUAUGUACAAUAUAAUAACAUGUCAUAUAUAUUUUAUAUCUCACAUAUAUAUAAAUUCUCAAUGAAGUACGUAUUAUAAAUUAAAAAAAAACCCAGAUCUUAUAAUAAGUGCUUCACUGAAGAUAAAACACAGUGGGUGAUUGGAUGGUUACUCUAGUUUCAGAAGGCUUUGCUGAAAAAAGGCUUUGCUCAGAUAUAUCACCUAAGAUAUGAUUGUCUAGAAUGAACCAGUCUUCUCAAGCCUAGGAAAGAGCAUUCCAGAAGGACGGAAUAACUAGUACAAAGACCCAGAAACAUGGCUGCCUUCAUGUGUUUAAGGAGGCCACAAAAGAGAGAGAGAGAGAAAUGCAGGAGGGCUAGGGCCAUAGUUGGCAAGUUAACCUCGAAGGAUACUUUGCAGAUUUUCUCAUAUAUGAAAUGAAUAAUAGUAUGGAGAAUUGACGUGAGGUUUAAAAAAUCCCGUUAAUACUUCUUAGUGUAGUGUCUAAUUCAUGAUAGGAAGUAAAUAAAUAUUACUACUCUAUUAGUUUGUCAAUAACAUAUAGACUGGCCCAAUCAUGAGCAAAUUUAAAACAGAUUUAAAAUGGGGCAGCUGGGUGGCUCAGUCGGUUAGGCAUUCGACUUCGGCUCAGGUCACAAUCUCUCAGUCUAUGAGUUCGAGCCCUGCGUCGGGCUCUGUGCUGACUCUCAGAGCCUGGAGCCUGCUUCAGAUUCUGUGUCUCCCUCUCUCUCUGACCCUUCCCCGUUCAUGCUCUGUCUCUCUCUGUCUCAAAAAAAAAAAAGAAAAAAAAUAAGUAAACAUAAAAUAAAAUGAAAUAAAAUAAAAUAGAUUUAGAGCACUUACAGUGGUACCUUGGGCUUCUGGAAAACCCACUCUUUCUUAAUCUGUGAGGAAAGAAAUGGUGAGUUUUCCACUGGUAACAAAAAAGAAUUAUGUAAUAGAAAACAAACUGCUCAUACCUUCAUCAUUUUUUAAAAAAUUCCAUGUCAUGGGAUUUUGGACUUACUCUAGUCUUCAUAUUAAUUGGUUUUGGAGUCAGAAUGCAUUUUCUUACUUUUUUUUUAAACUGGUAUCCUUAUUUUAUUUAUUUAUUUAUUUUUUUGUAUCUUCAUUGGUUCUUGUUCUUCACGUUAUCGGGAGAAAUGUGUAUAAAGUUAGGAGGAGUAAAAAGUACGAAAAAGAAACUUUCUCUCAAUUGGUUAAUUGUCUAAAAGCCUGUAUAUAGAUCAUGGAUAUAGACAAAACGUGACACACUAAGUAAUAGGAAAGUAUCAAAGACCUUUUCGCUUUUAUUAAAACCAUCAUAAGGACUUUGGCAAUAGUUUUCUUGCUAAGGUUAUCAUCAGCGCUCUUAACAGAAGGCAUAAAAGGACUUCUAGGUUUUACACACGGUAUCUUAGUAUUCUCUAAAUAUAGGAAAAUAACAUAAUGCUGCAGUCAAAAGAGGAAGCUUAGAAUAAGCUUUGGAAUAAUGUAAAUUUAAACUUUCCCUUACUUUCUAGCAGUAGGAACUUAAACUAGUUCAUUAAACUUUCUAGGAUUCAAUUUCCUUACACAUAAAAUUGUCAUACUAAUAAUUACUUCAUAAGAUGCUGUAAGAAAAGUACUGAGUACAGUUUCUGUGAUAGGCAGUAUUGGUAAUAAUAUAAUCAUCACCAUCACUACCUUUCCCUUUAUAAAAUUCUAAUGAUGACAGAAAGAUAGUUUUAAUUUAAAAAUCAAGCUGAUAUUGUGUUCUUGUUAAAAUAUAUAAAAGUAUAAAGAAAAAAUAUCUCUCUACUAAAAUAGUAAAAAAAAAAUUAAAAAAUUUGGUUUUGUAAACCUGACCUUGAUAAUUAUCAUGAUAAUAAAAAUAAUCACUAUUAUGUUACUUGUUUUGUGAUUAACUUCUAUUUAUAUGCUUUCCCUCUAUUGAUAUUUUAAAAUAUUUCAUAGCUGAAUCACUUGGAAAAGAGUUUCAUUUCAUAUUAUGUUUUCAGUAUUAUAUUGAGCAUUUGACUCCAAUUUCUCUACAAAAGUUGGGGCCCCCAAUCUUUCCUUUCAACAAUAUUUGUGAGUUGACAAACAUCAAGGGUUAUGCCGUAGCAUGCACAAGAGAUGUGGAAAGAUACUGUUUAAAUUAGUACCAUAAAUUUUCCUUUUAUGUUUGCCAACCUCAUAUUUAUUGAAAUGCACUAAAUUGCCUCAGACAUCUCAGGAUACAGCUUUCAAUUUGUAAUAAUCUUUGUGGUUAACUUAAUUCCAUUAAACUUAUCUUUGAAAGGUGGCAAAUUAAGCAAUCCAGAGUGCAGUUACAUUUCUUUGGGAGAUGCUGUGAACUAUGUAGAUGAUUGAUGUGUGGUGGGGCGAGAGGAGUAUUCAAGAAGUAGUUAUGUAAUUAAAAAAAACAACAACUUGUGUAUGGUCUCUUUCACACCAAAGCUCUCUGCUGUGCUACAUGACUUUGGAUGAUGUCGCACUGCUUGAAUCACUGCAGUCCUGACCAUCUGGGGUGAAAAAUGAUGAGUUAGCAUUUUCACCGAUGUAAAGGCCUACAUUUUUAUUUUCUGACCAGAUUUCACCUUAGCAAAAGUAAUCUCUAAAAAGAGUUUAGGCAUUUCACUUUUGGCAAAUUUCUCUUCUUGGGGUGAAAUGUGUGUGUGCAGAUUUGGAUGUGCAACAUGAGAUUGUAGGUACUUAGUUACUGUUAGGUAAUUAAAUGCUGUGUUGUCAUGGCAGUAGAUUUCCUGUGUUGUGCAUCACUUUUGGGGGGAUGUGUGCUGUUUCAGUGACACUCGCUGAAUUGAUUUAGUGGAUUUCCUGCUUGCUUGUUUUAGUACCCUAGGGACCAGCUAGUUCUUUGUGGAGCUUGUGAGCCUUUCGGAUUUUACCUGGGUGUGUGAUAAGACAUGAAUACAGUGUCCCCCAACUUAGGAGAUCUGACUAGUGGGUUUCUCUUGCUUCUCCUUUGUGCAGUACCACCUCUCCAAUCAGACUGAAUGUCAUCAAGACUCUUAAACUUGUUUGAAGUUCUUCCUAUCAUCUGAAAACCAGAUAUUAAAAAUUUUUAAACUGUCAUACUACACGGCCAAUCCCCAAUUGUGCUCUUUAUCUGUGGUAGCAGUUUGGCGUUCUCGGUGCACAAGCCAGCCCCAUUUGGUUCAGACAUAUAGCAAGGUAUAUAUUUGGAGAGAAUAUUAGGAAAUAGGUAAACAUUCAUUUAAAAUGUUUGACCAAGGGCGCCUGGGUGGCUUAGUAGGUUAAGCGUUCAACUUGGGCUCAGGUCAUGAUCUCAUGGUUCAUGGGUUUGAGCCACACAUCGGGCUCUGUGCUGAUAGCGUGGAGCCUGGAGCCUGCUUCAGCUUCAGUCUCUCCCCCCGCCCGCCCCUCCUCCACUCACACUCUGUCUCUUUCCCUCUCUCAAAAAUAAAUAAACAUAAAACAAAAUGUUAAAUGUUUGACCAGUUGUGACGUUACACUGACAGGUUGCCCUCCCCUGUAACCUGGGGCUGUAUUCCUGACUCCAACGGGUCUUCUGCUGAAUCAUGCUGUUAAUCUCAUAGUAGAUAAGCAAAGAAGCAAAUAGAUGAACACAACCAUGUUAGAAAAGGGAGUUUUUGGAUGCAUAGAUUCUGGAGAUAGUGCUGAGUUCAAAUCUCAACACUGCUAUUUAAUAACUGUAGCCUUGGACAAGUUACUUAGAUUCUUUCUGCCCCUCUUUAUUUUUAAAGUGAGUAAUGAUAUGCUUACUUUGUAGGUUUGUUGGAAAGAUUUAUAUCUCUUAAAAGGUGUACAGGACAUAGAGAGCAUCACAUGAUACUUUACAUUUACUAUUACCGCUUCCUUGGGGGAAAGAGAUCAGUGUCUAGAGAUAAAGCUGUAUCUCCAGUUACUGAUAUAAAUAAUUUGAGAUGAGGGAACCGCUAGCAAAUCAGAACUUGGUGUAGAUAUAUUCUGUGUGUAUGCCACAGCUAGUUUUUGUUUGAUUUUUAUUGUUGUUUUUUUAUUUGUCAAGUUUCCUGAAUUCCUAUUGGAAAACCUUUUGGGGUCAUUUCCAUUAGUGUUUGUAGGAUAGCUUACUUCUUUCAGGGGAAAGUACCCAUUAGCGGUACAGUACAACCAUUGUGUCAGGGAAAUCUACUAAAUGGAGUCAUGAGUGUUCAUCUUUGUAAUUAUAUAAGUGUGCGUUUCACAGGGCCAGUGUUGUAGCAGUAAAUGGUUAUAAAUCAUAGAGUGCUAAAUGUAGAUGGGACCUUAAAAGCUGUGGAGUCCAAACCCUUAUUUUAUAGAUCAGAAAACUGAGGCUCACAAGAUAGUAGAGUGAUUUGUCUAAAGUCAUAGUAGCUACUGUCUGAAAUGAGGAAAAUAUCCAAAUGUCUGAAUAAAUCCUACCUUCUUUCUGCUAAAAUUUUAUGUCCAAAUUAGUGUCUGAAAGAUACCUUGGAAAAUAGCAACAUUUUCUUUGUCCUGAACAUCUCUGCAGUGUUCAGAAGAACCUAGAAAGCCCACUUGAAAAGCUAUCCCUUUUUUCUCUUUUCAACCUCUGAUUAAGACAGAAGCUCAAACUCUGCACUCUCCCUUACAAAAACAAUCUAACAUAUUGAGACUAACACUAAUAAUAUUAGAGGCAAAUUACUACUUCCCAUAUAUAUUGGCAAUAUAUUUGUGGAAAAACCCACUUAGAAUUCACAGACACUGCAUACCAUUUCAGGACACCAUCCCAAAACCUGAUUAAUGAAAUGAGUGACCUCUGACUCAAGAAUGGAUCCACGACGCUUGAAAUACCGAGCAGUAGCUCUUAACUACUGAUAGCAGAAAUGUGGUACAUAAGGCUCUUGUUUGACCCUUUCAAAAGUUGAACUGAACCACUAUCUGUAAAAAGCUGAAAGGCACAGGCAGAAGCUGGGAUCCCAAAGAUUCCCGUUCAUACAAAGUAUGUGCUUCCCUAAUGGCUAUUUAUCUUCCAACUCAGACUAGGAAUUGUAUGUGGGAAGGAGGUUGCUUGUGAUUUCACAAGCAAGCCAGAGAAGCACAAUGAGGGAUGAUACUGUCCCUUUAGUUGUCAGCCUUCCAAAUGUGAAACAAAUAAUAGCAGAGGGAUAAAUGUGACAGAAAGCAGAGGAGAGAAUCAGAACAGUUAGAUAUGGGAAACAUCAAAGAACAAGAAAUAGCAACAAAGCGAUGCCAGAAGCCAGCAAGAAAGGGGAGGGGGCGGGAUAUGUUAUGAGUACCAGUAAAAUUGGUGAAGAGUGGCUAUAAGAAGGGGUGGAGAAUGCUCACAAAGGAGGCCUUAAGAGGCCAGUGAUCUGUUACAGGGUGAAAAGAAAAGGAAGCUGAUGACUUUUCUCUGAGGCAGAGAAUACAUACUUUUCUCCUAAAAAAAAAUAAGUGGAAUUAGAAUGCAUUAAGGAAUGGAAAAAAAAUUAAAAGAGAUGAAUUCAGAAAGAAGUAGCAACAUCAUUGAGCAUUGCGCCUGUGAUUGAAACUGCUGGGUUGUUUAUGUCUCCUUCCAGCUAUAAAGCUUGUUCCUGGGAAAUCACCCACGAGCCUGGAAAUUAGGAACAGGACAAUGAGAGUGCCAUCAGAACAUCAAUUAAUCCCAAAAGAAGGUUUGCUGCCAAUAAAUUGCUGAGUGUGCAGGCCAUGUCACCUCUGUCUGAUGUUUCUCCCUUUCAAAUAGGUAACAGUAACAGUUAUUUUAUCUAGCUCAGGGGACUUUAGUAAAGAGAUAGGGGGUUAAUGCAUAUAUAAAUGGAGGGAAUGUAGAAUAAGCGUUCCAGAAUAUAGUGGUUAAAAGGACAGACUCAAAGCCGAACCUUCUGAUUUUGAAAUUCAACUCCUUUUCAUCUUAUCUCUGUGCUCUAGGGUGGAUCACUUAACCUCUUCUCCUUAGUUUCUUCAUUUGUAAAACGCAGUUAAUAAUAGUGCCUACUUCCUAGGGUUGCUGUGAGGAGUGAGAAAAAUACAUGAAAAUCACAAUACUACCUGUCACCUAUUAAGGACAAUCUGAAUGAUGUUCACGGUGUUGAUGCUUUGGAAAUCAACUUUUCAUAUGAGCAUAACAUAGUGCAUUCAUUGAUGGUACGACAUAGGGAUUAGAGUUAUUGCUGGUGAUGAAAAAAAAGUCCUGACAUCAUUCUGUUCUGUUCAUUCACUUUCUCUCCUUCCUCAUGUCCACAUUUUUUCAGUCCUGUCUCUCUCUUAGUUCACUGCAAAAGAAAAUCAUUCCUUUUUGCCUGACUUGCUGAAUAUAUAUUAUUCAUCAAGCAUUUAUCAAACACAUACUAUAUACAGGCAUUGCUAGAAUUAGGAAGAGGUGGAAGGCACUUUUUUUUUCCCUGAAAGAUACUCAUCAAAACAAAGUAGCUCCCAAAAAAUAAUAAAUAAGAAAUGUUCUGAUAGAUAUAUGAAGAAACUAAUUUCACCUGGGCAUACUUGGAUGCUAAGAACAGACUUGCCACAAAUGUUGAAAUAAUAAUUGUUUUUUUAAUCAUUGAGUUUUAAUGGUACAAUAUUACAUCAAGCUUUCUUAUAUCUCACAUUUCACCUUUUCAUCUGUCUUCUAGUAAAAUGUAGGGCUGGAAUCUCAAGUGUCCUCACUCUUCCUGUCAUCCUCCCCUAUCACUAAAAAAAACCCUAUUUUAUGCUUAAGUAUUUCUGAUGAUGUUUUUCAGUAUCUCAUUCUAUUAGGCUAACAGUUCUCAUGCUCAUUUAAAGCAAUACUCAUGACAGCGAACUGAAAAAUAGCACAAACCCUACUUCUUAUGAACCUUAAGGAAGGAGGCAGCAAUCUCUCUCAAAGUCCUUUCGUGUAAUUUAUGAGGUUAAGAAUUAUAGUAAAGAGGGCACGUGGGUGGCUCAGUCAGUUCAACGUCUGACUCUUGAUUUCAGCUUAGGUCAUGAUCCCAGGGUAAUGGGAUUGAACCCCCAUGCUGGGCUCCGUGCUGGGCAUGAAGCCUGCUUGAGAUUCGCUCUUUCUCUCUGUCUUCUCUCUCCUCUCUCCUCUCUCUUCUCUCCUCUCUUCUCUCUUCUCUCUUCUCUCUCCCCUCUCCGCCUGUCUUCCCCCACUCCACUCUCUCACUCUCUAAAAUUAAAAAAAUAAUAAUAAUAGAUUUUUACAGGUUUUUUUUCUUUAGUGGUGCAAGUUUACAUGAAAGAACUUGGAAAUUCUUAUUCUUAGUGCAAUAGAACAUAGUUGAACUACCUGUACUAUUUGACAGGCAACAAGAUGCUUCUCAUGCCAAUAGUUGUUGUUUUCAGCACCCCCAGUAUGCUUCCCUGUGUAUGCAUUUUACCUAUGUUAUCUUCAGCAAGCAUUUUAUAUAUUUUAAAAGGAACCAGAAAUAACUUUCUUUUUUACCAUAUGAAGUAAUGUAUGCUCGCUGUCCAAAGUAGACUGCAGAAGAAGACAGUGAAAAUAAGAGUUGUCUGAAAGUUUACGAUUCAGGAAUAACCAGUGUUAACUGUUUGCUUUAUACAGUUCUGUUGACAACUGUAUAAUGAUAACGAAUGUUUAUUGAACAUUUUAUAUGCACCAAGCAAUUUGAAUGACUUUCUAUGUUAAAUAUUACCAGUUAUGGCUCACAACAAUCUUAGGAUCUAAGUACUGUGAUUAUAUCAUAUUUUAAAUGAGGAAAUGGGUGCAAUAACAAAGUGCAGUACCUCGUUCACGAUCACUGUUAUAGUAAGGAAUGGACCCAGGAUUCUAACCAGGCAGUCAGGCUCAGAGCCCAGGUUUUUAACCACUAAGAAGUAAUGCCUUUUUAGUAUUAUCACAUGCACACAAUUUUGUUAAGCUGCGUUAACUCACUUAAUAUAGCACAUGUUUCUUCCCAUGUUUUUUUUUAAUGUUUAUUUUUUGAGAAAGACAGAGACAGAGCAUGAAUGGGGGAGGGUCAGAGAGAGAGGGAGACACAGAAUCUGAAACAGGCUCCAGGCUCUGAGCUGUCAGCACAGAGCCCGACGCGGGACUUGAAGUCACGGUCCCCGAGAUCAUGACCUGAGCCGAAGUCGGAUGCUCAACUGACUGAGCCACCCAGGCGCCCCUCCAAUGCUUUUAAUACUCUAUAAGAGUAUGAUUUUUGUUGGCUGACUAUAAAUCUAUCCAUUCCAUGUACUAGAAUUGUUUUAAGUCCUAUUUGAUGGAGAUUUAGUUUGCUUCCUGUCUUUCACUAUGGAAAUAAUCUAGCAUAUUUUGCAAAAAUUCUGAUCAGGUGUACCACUUUUUGGUGACUUGAAUAUUUAUUUAAAUAAGCAGGUCUUGGACCCCAGCGGUGUACAUAGCAGUAUGAAACAUACAAUAAGUAUUUUCUGUGCAACAACUUGUCCCAUGAACGAUGCUAGGAGGCAAAAGGGAAUAGAAAAUUAUAAUGCCAGUCUUUCUGUUCCUAAAUAUGUUAUAAUCUAAUGGAAGGAGAUCCCUGGAAAGCAGUGUGUUUAAAAUAAUUUUUUAGUGUUUAUUUAUUAUUGAGAGAGUGAGAGAGAAUGUGAGUGGGGGAGAGGCAGAGAGAAUGGGAGACACAGAAUCCAAAGCAGGCUCCAGGCUGUGAGCUGUCAGCACAGAGCUCGACAAGGGGCUCAAACUCAUGGACCAUGAUAUCAUGGGGCUCAAAGUCAUGGACCAUGAGAUCAUGACCUGAGCCGAAGUUAUACGCUUAACCGACUGAGCCACCCAGGUGCCCCUAAAGCAGUGUCUUUAAGCCAAAUCCAGAUAGGUGUACUGAGGAAUGAAUGGCAGGUAAUAAAAUUCUGGCAAUGGAUGAAAAAGUCCUAUCAAGGGUUAUGGUUAUAAUAACAAGUGUAGGUGGUAAGAGGAAAUGAGUGUUUUAAGAAGAUAAAUAUGAUAGCAUUAUAGACAUGGGAGUAUUUGCGAAGACUGGGGCUGUACCUACUUAACUGGGUUGAUUUGAUCAUUUCUGAGGAUCUCUUGAUGUUAAAUAGCAUGUCUUACACUGUCCUUAUAUCGGUAGUGUAAUACAUGGGCAUGCCAUUAACCAAUGGUGAUUAUAAGUAGAAGAAGCAGUUCUGUUGGCUAACAGCACUGGUUAUAAAUUAAUGGGUUUGCUAAAUAGUUUUUCCCAGGCCAUAGAAGUAUUGGGGUUUUGAAUGUAGUAAGAAAUUUCCACCUGCUCUUAGGGCCAAGUGGUAAGCAGACCAUUCUUUAAGACUGGAUCUUCUGCAGUAUUUCUGUAGUCUUUUUAUUUUACUCUAAGCCCUUGGUGUUGCCUUCAGGGGUUACUGACUAGCAUUUAAUUGAAGGCCGGCUGAGUUAGAUAUAUACCUCCUAUAGUUGAUGGGUUUUGUUGCCAGAAAUAUCCUUUUGCUUAUCAGUGGGGAAGGUUUUUGCUUCUACUGCUGGAUUUAAAGGUGUCCCUCAAGAUUCCAUUACUCAGUUCAUUGAGAAAAGCUUAAAGCUAAGGGAAGGUCGAUUGGAGCUCCGUUUGAUGAAGGAGGCUGAGUGAAAUAACAGCUCCCAAGUUGGCUCAAGUUCUUCCAGAUGUUCACGUUUAUAUGAAAACUUAAUACUUGGAAAGAUUCCAUGUGGUGAGACUUCUGUGCAAAAUUUCCUUAUACACAAUUCCAACCCUAAAAUGAUUGUUUUUGGUCAUUAGAUGUGAAAGCUAUCACUGAUCAUCCACAAUAAACAACCAGAAUGAUUUUUUAUCCUCCUUGACUUCUAAAGGCGAAUACUCCUGUGAUAGUCAGUGUAUUGUUACCUGAUUUUUUCUUUAAACUUGCUGUAGGUCCAUGGGAAAGACAUGGAGUCAAAGGAAACAAACAAUAUUAAGAAAUAAAUUGGCCCUGAAGAAUUGUGCUUAAAAUCUUAACGUAAACAUAGAUGCAUACACUCUCCACUGCAUUGUGAUUACCGGGACUAUAAAGAAGCUGGCUGAAGUGGUGGGGAAGGACUUGACUUUCCAUGAAGUGAACAACUAAAACUAAACUUCUUCCCUGGGAGAUAAGCUGAAAUCAUAGCACAGUUUGCAUAAAAGUAUACCUUUCCAAGGUUACUGCAGAACAAUUAGGGCUGGGAUCCUGGCAGAGAAAGCUCUGUAACCUCUUAUUUGAAAGUGACUUCCUUGAGCUAUAAUGCCUCCCGGCCUGCACUUUCAGGCACUGUGUUGGGUAAUGUGUUUACAUGCUGGUCUCAUUUUUCUUUGUGUAAUAGGAGAUGGGAGUAGCUUACUGCUACUUGGAGGUGACUUCAGGAAACAAGAUUUUCAGGAUGGUAGUUUUAAAAAUGUGAUUAGUGGGAAUAAUAACUCCAGAGACAAAGAUUUAAUGGGAUUACUCCCGAUUUAUUCAGCACAUGACCAGGUUAUUGAAGUUCUAGUUUUAGACCCGUGCAUUCAGAGUCCCCACUGUUCCCUGAUGUAUUGGACGUUUAGGUUCUUACUACCAUAUAUAGGCAUUAAGGUUGCCUCUAACUCUCAACAGCCAUCUUGCCUCUCAGAACACUUAUUGCAGCCAGAUCUUUGACAGCUGUAUUCCUUGGUUACUUACCACUACUAUCUCUUUAAAAUUAGGCUAUGGAAAAACUACAUUAUUAAAAGGAAGCAACCCCAUCUCCAACGCCAUUAUGUGUUUUUCAGUUCAGAGUUUUAUUUUGUAUGCAUCAUUUGAUUUCAUUUCCUCCAAAGCCUCGGGAAAUGUGAGUUAUUACCAUCUUAUUGUUGUUGAUAAACAGCAGAUACUAUGUGUUUAGCACUAGCUCCACAUCAGGGGCUGUGCUAAUCACGUUGCCCUUAGUCCAAACAAUACCCCUAGGAAGCUGGAAUUAAUAUUAUGCCCAUUUUACAGAUAAUAAAAUCGUGGCUUAAAUGACAGGCCCGGUGUAUGCAGUUAGUGCCUAGUAGAAUUGGAACUCGAGCACUCCUUGAUCUGCUUUGAGUCUCUGUGGGCAUGUUGCCGUACUGUUUUUUAGAUGGAAGGGCCAGCGAUGCUGAAAGUUUAAAUAAGUUGCCUUGGGUUAUACAGUUAGUUCCUGAUGCCUUCCACCUGCAGCCCCGAACAUUCUCCAUUGUAGCAUGCUAUCCCCAGAGCUCUAGCUUAUGUGGUGCUCUGAAAAUGAGACAAAGGAGCACUGCCUCCCAAACCUUAGGGGAACCAGUUUUUUGAGAAUGCACAGUAUGUCUGAUGCCAAGUUCACAAGGAUGGGGGAGUGGAUUUGAUACAGGAUACCGUAUUCAGCCCCUACUCAUCUUUUCUCAAGCACUAUUGUGCACGACGCGAUACCCAGAGCUGUCACCAAUGGCCCUGGCAGGCCUCAUUGAAACUAACAGCUUGGCAUUCUAAAAUAAUGGUAAGAGAAAUAUUGAACAGAAUUUUCAUAUAACUAUGUGCUCUUCGAAGCUGUAAGGAAGUAAAAUUUGUAGUCCACUAAUUACAUUUCUAAUAAUGCUCACAUUUUCCCUUCACCGCCAACAAAAAUGUUUAACGAGAUACAAUGUGACAGCACUCGUGCUAAAACUCCCCUGAAGGCAAAAAUGUGUCACUAGUCAAAAUGACCCUCAUCUUCUCUGGCCCUUGAAGAAGAGUUGAGAAUCAUUUCUGAAGUGGGUUUUAACCACAGGGUGAUACAUUGUGCGGCUAUUAUUGAGCUCAGGGACCAUUUUUUUGGUGCAUUCAUUUCAACUUACUACCAUAUUCUUUUUCAAAAUAGAUUACUUUUAAUUAUGUAGCUACCUUGUGCAUAAAGCUCACAUCCUAUAACUUGGAUGCAUUCCACUAAAGUACUGACAAAGUAAUAGAUAUAAGGUGCACCUGACUAUAAUAAGAAGAAAAACAACUUAAAAAAAAAAAAGCCUUGAAUGUAUAACGAGGACACUGAUUACCAUGAGAGAGAGAAAGAGAGAAUGAGUGUGUGAAGUGAGUGUGUGUGUGUGUGUGUGUGUGUGUUUAAUAUGUCCGUGGAUGGGGAUGUUGUGGUUUGAGAGGCUCAGGAAUUUUUAGCUAGGAACGUGUCUCAUCAAAGUUGAAAAUGUUCAUGGUAGCACACGGCUGGUUGAUUUCACAGAGGAUGGACUAGAGAGUGGUUCUCAAACUUGGUUAGAGAGCAGAAUCACCUGGGGAACUACUUAAGCAUGCAGAGGCCCCAGUCUUAUCCUUACUUUAAGGAACUUGGGCUUUGUUUUGUAUGAUCUCUUCGCUUGAUUCUGAUGCACAACUCUUGUGAGACCAGCCGGUCUGUGGGCAGAUCCCCAUUCUUGGCUGCAUCAUAAAAUCACUGGAGUCUCACACCAGAGAUUCUGAACAAGAUGAAGUGCAGCUUGGGCCUUGGGAGGGUGGAAAAGUGCCCAGGUGGUUCUCAUAUCAGCAAAGUUUUAGAAACACUCUUCUAGGGCCUUGCUACCCAGUGUGUGCAUAAUUCAACACCCAGCAGCAGGAAUACCAUCAGGAAGCAUGUCGGAAAUGCAGAAUCUCAAGGCUCACCUAAAAUUACUGAUUCCAUAGCCGCCAUUUACCAAGGCGCUCAGGUGAGUGUUGAUGCACAUUACCUUUUGAGACCUACCAGGCGAGAGAGUCGGGCAGAGCAAAACACUUUCAGUGCUCCCAUCCAAGGCAUUCCUAUUCUUGUAUUCGUGAAGGUUCUUUGUAGGGGUGCGUGCAAGGUGAUUUUCAUUAAUUCAAAAGAAUAAGUGUUUCCCAGACACAAGUGUUGUCUUCUGGAAAAAAAAAAUAAAUCACAGGAAAGCGAUCCUUAACCACAGUGUCCUUGAAGGUACCUCGGGCACCCUGCAUUGUUGUGCAUUUUUGACCAAGUUAAUCAUACAGUGCCACCUAUUCAUACUGUGUUACCUUUAAUUUUCUCUGUUAGAUCUUGAUCUGCUCUUUCUCUCCUCCUUGACCAAGAGCUAGUUUCUUUAGAGAAACUCCUAUACAGGGUUCCUUUGCUUUUCUCUUCAAGCCACUGACUUCCAUAAUUACUUUUUUUCUUAAUUUCUCUAACUUUUGUCCCACAAAAUAUUUUCUCAUUUUUCCUGUUCUCCCUGAACUCAGACAUGGAACUGACUUGUUCAGUAAAGUUUCUGUCUGAUCGGAAGGGUAUUAACGUACUGCCUUUCUAGUAUAAUCGUUUUCACGUUUAGAUAGAAGUUGAAGUGUCUAAUGGGGUACUGCCAAAGAAAUACCCUCAACUAAUCUUUCCAAGCAGGACGACAGUGAGUGAUGAUUGCAGUGAAUUAAGUGAAGCAACCUCCAUUUCCAUUCACUUAGCACCAUUGCUAAUUAUAUACUCAUUCUACAAGGUUUCUUUAGUUCUUCUGUAACUUGGAUGCAGUAUUCUUUUGUAGGCAAGGGGUUACGGUACGAUUAAUGAGCUUUUCCCCACCAACACCUCAUGUUCUCUCCAAGUGAAAUUUCCACAUCUGGAAAUUGAGAGUAGAAAAAGGAACAAGGAAAAAAACAAUCACUCACAUUUUAACAUGUUCCCAUCAUAGCACGUGGUUGUCAUGGCGGAAUAUUUUAUGGUAAAGAAAACAGUAGCAUUUAAUUUUUUUUGGAAGCCAGGUCAAUUUAAAGCCUGGGCUUAUUUAAAAAUGAAGUACAGGGGCACCUGGGUGGCUCAGUUGGUUGAACGUCUGACUUUGGCUCAUGUCAUGAUCUCGCAGCUCGUGAGUUCGAGCCUUGCGUCGGGCUCUGUGCUGACAGCUCAGAGCCUGGAGCCGGAUUUGGAUUCUGUGUCUCCUUCUCUCUCUGCCCCUAACCCACUCACAUUCUGUCUUCAUCUCUCUCGAAAAUAAGUAAACAUUAAAAUUUUUUUUAAAUAAAAAUGAAGAAGUACAGGGGCGUCUGGGCGACUCAGUCGGUUGAGCGUCCAACAUUGGCUCAGGUCAUGAUCUCCGGCUCAUGAGCUUGAGCCCUGCGUCGGGCUCUGUGCUGACAGCUCAGAGCCUGAAGCCUCUUUCGGAUUCUGUGUCCCCCUGUCUCUCUGCCCCUCCCCUGCGCUCGCUCUCUCCCUCUCUCUCUCUCUCUCUCAAAAAUAAACAAAUAUAAAAAAAUAAAGGAAAUACAGAACUUUGCCAUUUAAAAUAUAAAUAGCAGUGACGAUGACACUUGAUGUUAUAUGCUUUUGUUCACUUUAAAUGAACACUUGUCACCUGCCAGGCCUUGAGUCGGGCCCUGAAUCUACUACGUGAAAUAGAAACAGCCCUAUUUUUCCAGGUUUCAUUACAUGGACCUCAAGCAUUUUGACAAGUUACUCUUUAAAUUAGAAAACCGAGAGAAACACAGCUUUUCCUGGGGUAUAUUGUUAAUGAAGCACUUGAAAAAAUUAGUUUAUGUGCUUUGAUCAGAUGGGGAUUGACAUACUUAAGAGUUUUAUUUUUAAUCUGAAAAUCCACUUCAGUCUUAUGCUCUGGGUAAACAGUCAUUACUCAAGGCUGGCACAAUUCUGUACUUGCGAGAAGUGGGAUUCAAGGUUUCACUUCCAAUACAAUCUCAAGUAAGUUCCUCAUAUUAUUCCUUUUAUUUAAAAACCAGGGUUUACACGCAUGGAUUUUUGCUUCAAUCUUCAGUAAUCUCCAUUUGCUUUGGGUAUUAACUUGUGCACUGUGGCUUGUGUGCAGUGUGAGUCUGUUUCAGAUUGUAGAAUUGAUUUUUAAAAGUAGGUCUGGAAGAAGGUAUCUGGAUAUAAAGUGCUUGUAUUUUGAUACUUUCAGAGGAAGUUCAAAUGCAUUUUGAGCACCACUGGACAUGAUUGGAGUUAUUUUCUACCCUCCUAGCAGCAUCUCACAGGUGCACAACUUUACCGGUCCAGGCUCUUCUGUGUGCGUCCUGCUUUCUGCUGCUCUUUCAUAACAUGUUUGCAUAAACGAGUGCACUGUCGAGUUCACAUGAAGGCUAGACAAAAAUACAGGUGUCCUCAUAAUAAUCAGCUCCUUUAAUUCUGAUCUCUGGUUUCUGCUGCACUCUCCAAGAAAGCCUAUAUAAAGCAGCCGGCACACUUAUUACUACAGAAACUGAGGUUACUGAUUAGAAGGGAACGUAAUCAGGUAGAUUGAGCCUGUGAGGGAAGAAACCAUUGCUGUGAGAGGGGAGUGUUUGCAAAACGUUCCCUGUGAAUCUGCAAAGAUCACCUCACUUUGCAUGGCAAGCGGAGUGGAAGAAACAGGUGCAAAAAGAUAAUGUGUUUGUCUGCUUUGGUGAAGCUGGUCAGAGAAUAGGUACCUGCUUUAUCUGUGCUGGGCUAUGACUCUACCUCCAGGUUUAUCAGACCCCAUAGAAUGUGUAGGAGAAAAGUACCAACAGGGAAAUCAGCGAAAAGCUUUCCUAUGAAGGUGUAGCAAGCCACCGCAGAAUUUGAAAUGUCUGAGGUCUCAUCUGAUGAAAGAGAAGAUGUUCAAAAGAAAACAUUCACAAAAUGGAUAAAUGCACAGUUUUCUAAGUUUGGGAAGCAGCACAUAGAGAACCUCUUCAGUGACCUACAGGAUGGGAGACGCCUCCUAGAUCUUCUGGAAGGCCUGACAGGGCAAAAACUGCCAAAAGAAAAAGGAUCCACAAGAGUUCAUGCCCUGAACAAUGUCAACAAGGCACUGCGCGUCUUGCAGAAAAAUAAUGUUGAAUUAGUGAAUAUUGGAAGUACUGACAUAGUAGAUGGAAAUCACAAACUGACUCUUGGUUUGAUUUGGAAUAUAAUCCUCCACUGGCAGGUCAAAAAUGUAAUGAAAAAUAUCAUGGCUGGAUUGCAACAAACCAACAGUGAAAAGAUUCUCCUGAGCUGGGUCCGACAAUCAACUCGUAAUUAUCCACAGGUUAAUGUCAUUAACUUCACCACCAGCUGGUCUGAUGGUCUGGCUUUAAAUGCUCUCAUCCACAGUCAUAGGCCAGACCUGUUUGAUUGGAACAGUGUGGUUUGCCAGCAGUCAGCCACACAACGACUGGAACAUGCGUUCAACAUUGCCAAAUACCAAUUAGGCAUAGAGAAACUGCUGGAUCCUGAAGAUGUUGCUACCACUUAUCCAGAUAAGAAGUCCAUCUUAAUGUAUGUCACAUCACUCUUCCAAGUUUUGCCUCAACAAGUGAGCAUUGAAGCCAUCCAGGAAGUGGAAAUGUUGCCAAGGCCAUCAAAAGUUACUAGAGAGGAACACUUUCAAUUACAUCAUCAAAUGCACUAUUCUCAACAGAUCACAGUCAGUCUAGCACAGGGCUAUGAACGAACUCCUUCCUCUCCUAAGCCUCGGUUCAAGAGCUAUGCCUACACACAGGCUGCUUAUGUCACCACCUCUGACCCCACAAGGAGCCCACUUCCUUCACAGCACUUGGAAACUCCUGAUGAUAUUGGCCGUUCAUCAAUGGAGACUGAGGUAACCCUGGACAGUUACCAAACAGCUUUAGAAGAAGUACUCUCAUGGCUUCUUUCUGCUGAGGACACAUUGCAAGCCCAAGGAGAGAUUUCUAAUGAUGUAGAAGAAGUGAAAGAACAAUUUCAUACUCACGAGGGGUACAUGAUGGAUUUGACAUCUCAUCAGGGACGAGUUGGUAAUGUUCUACAACUGGGAAGUCAACUGAUUGGAACAGGGAAAUUAUCAGAAGAUGAAGAAACCGAAGUACAAGAACAAAUGAAUCUCCUAAAUUCAAGAUGGGAAUGCCUCAGGGUAGCUAGCAUGGAAAAACAGAGCAACUUACAUAAAGUUCUAAUGGAUCUUCAGAAUCAGCAACUGAAAGAGUUAAAUGAUUGGCUAAGUAAAACAGAAGAGAGAACAAGGAAAAUGGAGAAAGAGCCCCUUGGACCUGAUAUUGAAGACCUAAAACGCCAAGUACAACAACAUAAGGUGCUUCAAGAAGACCUAGAACAGGAACAAGUCAGGGUCAAUUCUCUCACUCACAUGGUGGUGGUGGUCGAUGAAUCUGGUGGAGACCAAGCAACUGCUGCUUUGGAAGAACAGCUUAAGGUACUGGGAGAUAGAUGGGCAAACAUCUGUAGAUGGACAGAAGAUCGCUGGGUUCUUUUACAAGACAUCCUCCUGAAAUGGCAGCGUUUUACCGAAGAACAGUGCCUUUUUAGUGCAUGGCUUUCAGAAAAAGAAGAUGCAUUGAACAAGAUUCACACAACUGGCUUUAAGGAUCAAAGUGAAAUGUUAUCAAGUCUUCAAAAACUGGCUGUUUUAAAAACAGAUUUAGAAAAGAAAAAGCAAACCAUGGACAAACUCUGUUCACUCAACCAAGAUCUUCUUUCAACCCUGAAAAACACAUUGGUAGCCCAAAAGAUGGAAGCAUGGCUGGACAACUUUGCCCAGCGUUGGGAUAAUUUAGUCCAAAAACUUGAAAAAAGUUCUGCACAGAUUUCACAGGCUGUCCCCACCACUCAGCCAUCACUAACACAGACAACUGUAAUGGAAACGGUAACUAUGGUGACCACGAGGGAGCAAAUUCUGGUAAAGCAUGCCCAAGAGGAACUGCCACCACCACCUCCCCAAAAGAAGAGGCAGAUUAUUGUGGAUUCCGAAAUUAGGAAAAGGUUGGAUGUCGAUAUAACUGAACUUCACAGUUGGAUUACUCGUUCAGAAGCUGUGUUGCAGAGUCCUGAAUUUGCAAUCUAUCGGAAGGAAGGCAACUUCUCAGACCUUAAAGAAAAAGUCAAUGCCAUAGAGCGAGAAAAAGCGGAGAAGUUCAGAAAACUGCAAGAUGCCAGCAGAUCAGCUCAGGCCCUGGCGGAACAGAUGGUGAAUGAGGGUGUUAAUGCUGACAGCAUCAAACAAGCCUCAGAACAACUGAACAGCCGGUGGAUAGAGUUCUGCCAAUUGCUAAGUGAGAGACUUAACUGGCUGGAGUAUCAGAACAACAUCAUCGCUUUCUAUAAUCAGCUACAACAAUUGGAGCAGAUGACAACUACUGCUGAAAACUGGUUGAAAACCCAACCUACCACCACAUCAGAGCCAACAGCAAUCAAAAGCCAGUUGAAAAUUUGUAAGGAUGAAGUCAACCGGCUUUCAGUUCUUCAGCCUCAAAUCGAGCGAUUAAAAAUUCAAAGCAUAGCCCUGAAAGAGAAAGGACAAGGGCCAAUGUUCCUGGAUGCAGACUUUGUGGCCUUUACAAAUCAUUUUAACCAAGUCUUUGCUGAUGUGCAGGCCAGAGAAAAAGAGCUACAGACAAUUUUUGACACAUUGCCACCCAUGCGCUAUCAGGAGACCAUGAGUACCAUCCUGACGUGGAUCCAGCAGUCAGAAAGCAAACUCUCUAGACCUCAGGUUACUGUCACUGAAUAUGACAUCAUGGAGCAGAGACUUGAAGAGUUACAGGCUUUACAAAGUUCCCUGCAAGAGCAACAAAGUGGCCUAAACUAUCUCAGCACCACUGUGAAAGAGAUGUCAAGGAAAGCACCAUCUGAUAUUAGCCAGAAGUACCAGACGGAAUUUGAAGAGAUUGAGGGCCGCUGGAAGAAGGUGUCCUCUCAGCUGCUUGAGCAUUGCCAAAAGCUAGAGGAGCAAAUGGCAAAACUUCGAAAAAUUCAGAAUCACAUCAAAACUCUGAAGAAGUGGAUGGCUGAAGUUGAUGUUUUCCUGAAGGACGAGUGGCCUGCCCUCGGGGACUCAGAAAUUCUGAAAAAACAGCUGAAACAGUGCAGGCUUUUAGUCAAUGAUAUUCAGACAAUUCAGCCCAGUCUCAACAGUGUCAAUGAAGGUGCACAGAAGAUAAAGAAUGAAGCAGAGCCAGAGUUUGCUUGCAGACUUGAGACAGAGCUCAGAGAACUGAACACUCAGUGGGAUUACGUAUGCCGACAGGUCUAUGCCAGAAAGGAAGCUUUAAAGGGAGGUUUGGAUAAAACUGUAAGUCUUCAGAAAGAUCUGUCAGAGAUGCACGAAUGGAUGACGCAAGCUGAAGAAGAAUACCUAGAGAGAGAUUUUGAAUAUAAAACCCCAGACGAAUUAGAGACUGCAGUUGAAGAGAUGAAGAGAGCUAAGGAAGAGGCCCAGCAAAAAGAAGCAAAAGUGAAACUCCUUACCGAGUCCGUCAAUAGUGUCAUAGCUGAGGCUCCCCCUGCAGCACGAGAGGCCUUACAGAAGGAACUUGACACUCUAACCACCAACUACCAGUGGCUCUGCACCAGGCUCAAUGGAAAAUGCAAGACCUUGGAAGAAGUUUGGGCGUGCUGGCACGAAUUAUUGUCAUACUUGGAGAAGGCAAACAAGUGGCUAAACGAAGUAGAAUUCAAACUUAAAACCACGGAAAAUAUUCCUAGUGGAGCUGAGGAAAUCUCUGAGGUGCUGGAUUCACUUGAAAAUUUGAUGCAACAUUCAGAGGAUAACCCGAAUCAGAUUCGCAUAUUGGCACAGACCCUAACAGAUGGUGGAGUCAUGGAUGAACUGAUCAAUGAGGAACUUGAGACGUUUAAUUCUCGUUGGAGAGAACUACAUGAAGAGGCUGUGAGGAGGCAAAAGUUGCUUGAACAGAGUAUCCAGUCUGCCCAGGAGAUCGAAAAAUCCUUGCACUUAAUUCAGGAGUCCCUCUCAUCCAUUGACAAGCAGUUGGCAGCUUAUAUUGCUGACAAAGUGGACGCAGCUCAGAUGCCUCAGGAAGCCCAGAAAAUCCAAUCAGAUUUGACAAGUCAUGAGAUCAGUUUAGAAGAAAUGAAGAAACAUUACCAGGGAAAGGAGACUGCCCAAAGGGUGCUGUCCCAAAUCGAUGUGGCCCAGAAAAAGUUGCAAGAUGUUUCCUUGAAGUUUCGAUUAUUCCAGAAGCCAGCCAAUUUUGAGCAGCGUCUACAGGAAAGUAAGAUGAUUUUAGAUGAAGUGAAGAUGCAUUUGCCUGCGUUGGAAACAAAGAGCGUGGAACAGGAAGUAGUACAGUCACAGUUAAAUCAUUGUGUGAACUUGUAUAAAAGUCUGAGUGAAGUGAAGUCUGAAGUGGAAAUGGUGAUAAAAACUGGACGUCAGAUUGUACAGAAGAAACAGACAGAAAACCCUAAAGAACUUGAUGAAAGAGUCACGGCUUUGAAAUUACAUUAUAAUGAGCUGGGAGCAAAGGUGACGGAAAGAAAGCAACAGUUGGAAAAAUGCUUGAAAUUGUCCCGUAAGAUGCGAAAGGAAAUGAAUGCCCUGACAGAAUGGCUGGCAGCUACAGAUAUGGAAUUGACGAAGAGAUCAGCAGUUGAAGGAAUGCCUAGUAAUUUGGAUUCUGAAGUUGCCUGGGGAAAGGCUACUCAGAAAGAGAUUGAGAAACAGAAGGUUCACCUAAAGAGUGUCACAGAGCUAGGAGAGGCCUUGAAAACGGUUUUGGGCAAGAAGGAGGCCUUGGUGGAAGAUAAACUGAGUCUUCUGAAUAGUAACUGGAUAGCUGUCACUUCCCGAGCAGAAGAGUGGUUAAACCUUUUGCUGGAAUACCAGAAACACAUGGAAAACUUUGACCAGAAUGUGGAUUACAUCACAAACUGGAUCAUUCAGGCUGAUGCACUUUUGGAUGAAUCUGAGAAAAAGAAACCUCAGCAAAAAGAAGACAUACUUAAGCGUUUAAAGGCUGAAAUGAAUGACAUGCGCCCAAAGGUGGAUUCCACACGAGACCAAGCAGCAAACCUGAUGGCAAACCGCGGCGACCACUGCAGGAAAGUAGUAGAGCCCAAAAUCUCAGAGCUCAACCAUCGAUUUGCAGCCAUUUCUCACAGAAUUAAGACUGGAAAGGCCUCCAUUCCUUUGAAGGAAUUGGAGCAGUUUAACUCAGAUAUACAAAAAUUGCUUGAACCACUGGAGGCUGAAAUUCAGCAGGGGGUGAAUCUGAAAGAGGAAGACUUCAAUAAAGAUAUGAGUGAAGACAAUGAGGGUACUGUAAAAGAAUUGUUGCAAAGAGGAGACAACUUACAACAAAGAAUCACAGAUGAGAGAAAGCGAGAGGAAAUAAAGAUAAAACAGCAGCUGUUACAGACAAAACAUAAUGCUCUCAAGGAUUUGAGGUCUCAAAGAAGAAAAAAGGCUCUAGAAAUUUCUCACCAGUGGUAUCAGUACAAGAGGCAGGCUGAUGAUCUCCUGAAAUGCUUGGAUGACAUUGAAAAAAAAUUAGCCAGCCUACCUGAACCCAGAGAUGAAAGGAAAAUAAAGGAAAUUGAUCGUGAAUUGCAGAAGAAGAAAGAGGAGCUGAAUGCAGUGCGUAGGCAAGCUGAGGGCUUGUCUGAGGAUGGGGCCGCAAUGGCAGUGGAGCCAACUCAGAUCCAGCUCAGCAAGCGCUGGCGGGAAAUUGAGAGCAAAUUUGCUCAGUUUCGAAGACUCAACUUUGCACAAAUUCACACAGUCCAUGAAGAAUCUAUGAUGGUGAUGACUGAAGACAUGCCUUUGGAAAUUUCUUAUGUGCCUUCUACUUACCUGACUGAGAUCACUCACGUCUCACAAGCCCUGUCAGAAGUGGAACAACUUCUUAAUGCUCCUGACCUCCGUGCUAAAGAUUUCGAAGAUCUCUUUAAACAAGAGGAGUCUCUGAAGAACAUAAAAGACAGCCUGCAACAAAUCUCAGGUCGGAUUGACAUCAUUCACAAUAAGAAGACAGCAGCCUUGCACAGUGCCACUCCUGCAGAAAGGGCAAAGCUGCAGGAAGCUCUCUCACGGCUCGAUUUCCAAUGGGAAAGAGUGAACAAAAUGUACAAGGACCGACAAGGGCGAUUUGACAGAUCUGUGGAAAAGUGGCGGCGGUUUCAUUAUGAUAUGAAGAUACUUAAUCAAUGGCUAACAGAAGCUGAACAGUUUCUCAAAAAGACACAGAUUCCUGAGAAUUGGGAACAUGCCAAAUACAAAUGGUGUCUUAAGGAACUCCAGGAUGGCAUCGGGCAGCGGCAAACUGUUGUCAGGAUAUUGAAUGCAACUGGGGAAGAAAUAAUUCAACAGUCCUCAAAAACAGAUGCCGGUAUUUUACAAGAAAAACUGGGAAGCCUGAAUCUGCGGUGGCAGGAGGUCUCCAAACAGCUGGCAGAGAGAAAAAAGAGGCUAGAGGAACAAAAGAAUAUCUUGUCAGAAUUUCAAAGGGAUGUAAAUGAAUUUGUUUUAUGGUUGGAAGAAGCAGACAACGUUGCUAAUAUUCCACUUGAACCUGGGAAUGAGCAGCAGCUAAAACAAAAACUUGAACAAGUCAAGUUACUGGCGGAAGAGUUGCCCCUUCGCCAGGGGAUUCUAAAACAAUUAAAUGAAACCGGAGGAACAGUGCUUGUAAGUGCUCCCAUAAGCCCAGAAGAGCAAGAUAAACUUGAAAAUAAGCUCAAGCAGACAAAUCUUCAGUGGAUAAAGGUUUCUAGAGAUUUGCCUGAGAAACAAGGAGAAAUUGAGGCACACAUAAAAGACCUUGGACAGCUUGAAGAGCAGUUAAAUCAUCUGCUUCUGUGGCUGGCUCCUAUUAGAAAUCAGUUGGAAAUUUACAGUCAACCAAAUCAAACAGGACCGUUUGACCUUAAGGAAAUUGAAGUAGCAGUUCAAGCUAAACAGCCGGAUGUGGAAGGGAUUUUGUCUAAAGGGCAGCAUUUGUACAAGGAAAAACCAGCCGCUGAGCCAGUGAAGAGAAAGGUUGAAGAUCUGAGCUCUGAUUGGAAGGCAGUAACCCACUUACUUCAAGAGCUCAAGGCAAAGCAGCCUGGCCCAGCUCCCAAACUGACCGCCGUUGGAGCCGCUCCUAGUCAGACUGUUACUCUGGUGACACAACCCGUGGUUACCAAGGAAACUGCCAUCUCCAAACUAGAAAUGCCAUCUUCCUUGCUGUUGGAGGUGCCUGCUCUGGCAGAUUUCAACCGAGCUUGGACAGAACUUACCGACUGGCUGUCUCUGCUGGAUCGAGUUAUAAAAUCACAGAGAGUGAUGGUGGGUGAUCUUGAAGACAUCAACGAAAUGAUCAUCAAGCAGAAGGCAACACUGCAGGAUUUGGAACAGAGGCGCCCCCAGUUGGAAGAACUCAUUACCGCCGCCCAGAAUUUGAAAAACAAGACCAGCAAUCAAGAGGCUAGAACCGUCAUUACUGAUCGCAUUGAAAGAAUUCAGAGUCAGUGGGAUGAAGUACAGGAACACCUUCAGAACCGGAGGCAGCAGUUGAAUGAAAUGUUAAAGGAUUCCACACAAUGGCUGGAAGCUAAAGAAGAAGCUGAGCAGGUGCUGGGGCAGGCCAGAGCCAAGCUGGAGUCAUGGAAGGAGACUCCCUACACAAUGGAUGCGAUCCAAAAGAAAAUCACAGAAACCAAGCAGUUGGCCAAAGACCUCCGCCAGUGGCAGAUAAAUGUAGAUGUUGCAAAUGAUUUGGCCCUGAAACUUCUCCGGGAUUAUUCUUCAGAUGAUACGAGAAAAGUACACAUGAUAACAGAGAACAUCAAUGCCUCUUGGGCAAGCAUUCAUAAAAGAGUGAGUGAGCGAGAGGCUGCUCUGGAAGAAACCCAUAGAUUGCUACGGCAGUUCCCCCUCGACCUGGAGAAAUUCCUUGCCUGGCUUACAGAGGCUGAAACAACUGCCAACGUGCUGCAGGAUGCCACCCAUAAGGAAAGGCUCCUGGAAGAUUCCAAGGGAGUAAGAGAGCUGAUGAAACAAUGGCAAGACCUCCAAGGAGAAAUCGAAGCUCACACAGAUAUCUAUCACAACCUGGAUGAAAAUGGCCAAAAAGUCCUGAGAUCCCUGGAAGGUUCUGAUGACGCAGCCCUGUUGCAAAGACGUUUGGAUACCAUGAACUUCAAGUGGAGUGAGCUUCGGAAGAAGUCUCUCAACAUUAGGUCUCAUUUGGAAGCCAGUUCUGACCAGUGGAAGCGUCUGCACCUCUCUCUUCAGGAGCUCCUGGUGUGGCUACAGCUGAAAGAUGACGAGUUAAGCCGGCAGGCACCGAUCGGAGGGGAUUUUCCAGCAGUUCAGAAGCAGAACGAUGUACACAGGGCCUUCAAGAGGGAAUUGAAAACGAAAGAACCUGUAAUCAUGAGUACUCUUGAGACUGUACGAAUAUUUCUGACAGAGCAGCCUUUAGAAGGACUAGAGAAACUCUACCAGGAGCCCAGAGAGCUGCCUCCUGAGGAGAGAGCCCAGAAUGUCACACGGCUCCUGCGAAAGCAGGCUGAGGAGGUCAACACCGAGUGGGAAAAACUGAACCUGCACUCUGCAGACUGGCAGAGAAAAAUAGACGAGGCCCUCGAAAGACUCCAGGAACUUCAGGAAGCAACCGAUGAGCUUGACCUCAAGCUGCGUCAGGCUGAGGUGAUCAAGGGCUCCUGGCAGCCUGUGGGUGACCUCCUCAUUGACUCUCUCCAAGAUCACCUCGAAAAAGUCAAGGUGCUUCGAGGAGAAAUUACACCUCUGAAAGAGAAUGUCAGCUAUGUCAAUGACCUUGCUCGCCAACUCACUACGUUGGGCAUUCAGCUGUCACCAUAUAACCUCAACACUCUGGAAGACCUGAACACCAGAUGGAAGCUUCUGCAGGUGGCCGUUGAGGACCGCAUCAGGCAGCUGCACGAAGCCCACCGGGACUUUGGCCCCGCGUCCCAGCACUUCCUUUCCACUUCUGUCCAGGGUCCCUGGGAGAGAGCCAUCUCGCCAAACAAAGUGCCCUACUAUAUCAACCACGAGACCCAAACGACUUGCUGGGACCAUCCCAAAAUGACAGAGCUCUACCAAUCUUUAGCUGACCUGAAUAAUGUCAGGUUCUCAGCUUAUAGGACCGCCAUGAAGCUCCGAAGACUGCAGAAGGCCCUUUGCUUGGAUCUCUUGAGCCUGUCAGCUGCAUGCGAUGCCUUGGACCAGCACAACCUCAAGCAAAAUGACCAGCCCAUGGACAUCCUGCAGGUCAUAAAUUGUCUGACCACUAUCUAUGAUCGCCUGGAACAAGAGCACAACAAUCUGGUCAACGUCCCUCUCUGCGUGGAUAUGUGUCUCAAUUGGCUGCUGAAUGUCUAUGACACGGGACGAACCGGGAGGAUCCGGGUCCUGUCUUUUAAGACUGGCAUCAUUUCUCUGUGUAAAGCGCAUUUGGAAGACAAGUACAGAUACCUUUUCAAGCAAGUGGCAAGCUCCACAGGAUUUUGUGACCAGCGCAGGCUGGGCCUCCUCCUGCACGACUCUAUCCAGAUCCCGAGGCAGUUGGGUGAAGUCGCAUCCUUCGGGGGCAGUAACAUCGAGCCGAGUGUCAGAAGCUGCUUCCAGUUUGCUAAUAAUAAGCCUGAGAUCGAAGCGGCCCUUUUCCUAGACUGGAUGAGACUGGAGCCCCAGUCCAUGGUGUGGCUGCCUGUCCUGCACCGAGUGGCUGCUGCGGAAACUGCCAAGCACCAGGCCAAGUGCAACAUCUGCAAGGAGUGUCCGAUCAUCGGAUUCAGGUACAGGAGUCUGAAGCACUUUAACUAUGACAUCUGCCAAAGUUGCUUUUUUUCUGGUCGAGUUGCAAAAGGCCAUAAAAUGCACUAUCCCAUGGUGGAAUACUGCACUCCGACUACGUCGGGAGAAGAUGUUCGUGACUUUGCCAAGGUACUAAAAAACAAAUUUCGAACCAAAAGGUAUUUUGCGAAGCAUCCCCGAAUGGGCUACCUGCCUGUGCAGACUGUCUUAGAGGGGGACAACAUGGAAACUCCUGUUACUCUGAUCAACUUCUGGCCGGUAGAUUCUGCGCCCGCCUCGUCCCCUCAGCUUUCACACGAUGAUACUCAUUCACGCAUUGAACAUUAUGCUAGCAGGCUAGCAGAAAUGGAAAACAGCAAUGGAUCUUAUCUAAAUGAUAGCAUCUCUCCUAAUGAGAGCAUAGAUGAUGAACAUUUGUUAAUCCAGCAUUACUGCCAAAGUUUGAACCAGGACUCCCCCCUGAGCCAGCCUCGUAGUCCUGCCCAGAUCUUGAUUUCCUUAGAGAGUGAGGAAAGAGGGGAGCUAGAGAGAAUCCUAGCAGAUCUUGAGGAAGAAAACAGGAACCUGCAAGCCGAGUAUGACCGUCUCAAGCAGCAGCACGAGCAUAAAGGCCUGUCCCCACUGCCGUCCCCUCCCGAGAUGAUGCCCACUUCUCCCCAGAGUCCCCGGGACGCCGAGCUCAUUGCCGAGGCCAAGCUCCUGCGUCAGCACAAGGGCCGCCUGGAGGCCAGGAUGCAGAUCCUAGAAGACCACAACAAGCAGCUGGAGUCGCAGUUACAGCGGCUCCGGCAGCUGCUGGAGCAACCCCAGGCCGAGGCCAAGGUGAAUGGUACAACGGUGUCUUCUCCUUCUACCUCUCUUCAGAGGUCAGACAGCAGUCAGCCUAUGCUGCUCCGGGUGGUUGGCAGUCAGACUUCAGAAUCCAUGGGCGAGGAAGACCUGCUCAGUCCUCCCCAGGACACAAGCACAGGGUUAGAGGAAGUGAUGGAACAGCUCAACAACUCCUUCCCUAGUUCCAGAGGACACAAUGUAGGAAGCCUUUUCCACUUGGCAGAUGAUUUGGGCAGAGCGAUGGAGUCCUUAGUGUCAGUCAUGACAGAUGAAGAAGGGGCAGAAUAAAUGUUUUACAACUCCUGAUUCCCGCAUGGUUUUUAUAAUAUUCAUACAACAAAGAGGAUUAGACAGUAAGAGUUUACAAGAAAAAAAAAAUCUAUAUUUUUGUGAAGGGUAGUGGUACUAUACUGUAGAUUUCAGUAGUUUCUAAGUCUGUUAUUGUUUUGUUAACAAUGGCAGGUUUUACACGUCUAUGCAAUUGUACAAAAAAGUUAUAAGAAAACUACAUGUAAAAUCUUGAUAGCUAAAUAACUUGCCAUUUCUUUAUAUGGAACGCAUUUUGGGUUGUUUAAAAAUUUAUAACAGUUAUAAAGAAAGAUUGUAAACUAAAGUGUGCUUUAUAAAAAAAAAGUUGUUUAUAAAAACCCCUAAAAACAGACACACACACACACACACACACACACACACACUUGGAGGCAGCGCAUUGUUUUGCAUCGUUUUAGCGUGAUAUCCAUAUGAAAUCCAUGUUUUCUUUUCUUGCAUAUUAAAGAUAGGACACUUCCUCUAACACCACCAGAUGAUUACUUCACAGUGCUCUUUUUGGAAUCGCUGGCCGAGUGGGACUGGCUGUGGUUUUUCGCUUCCUGCAUCUAUAGGUCUAGAAGUAUGUAAAUACUGUAGGGAUAUAGAUAAAUAGAUCUGAAUUUCUGGAGACCUUUGAAAUUUCUUGUUCAAAUGACCUGGCCACUUCCUAAUGCAAAGAGAUUGCCUCUGGUCCCGCAGGCUUACCUGCUUGGUCUAGAAUGAAUUCUCCCUGGAGCCUGAAACCAGGGGGCAGCUACCACACUGAAACACUGUCUGGGGCCCCAGAUGUUUCUCAUUUGCAACUUUCCACUGACAGCGACGGUACCGAAUUUUUGCAAAGGGACAUGUGAAUGAAUACACAGGACUUACUGUGUCCGAGUGAUCCGUUAGCUGAUACAUUCAGCUUCCGGCCGCUGGCAAGGCCACCAUCUACAUUUAAUGAUGCUUCAGCGGAAGUCACGACAUCAGAAGAUAUUUUUCACUCGCAGACAGUAGGAGAUCCUUCUGGUAGGGCUGGAAGGCUGUGGAUUGCCAGCCGAUCCCUGCGAGGGAGGGAGGCCACUCUUGAAGUAAAGGGCUGGAUGAAUGUUCCUAACCACACUGAGAGAUCUUGGUAAUUACAACGAAUUCCCUCUGCCCUCUUCUCACAAACAGCAGUGGUUAUUUUAGGGGUUUUUUUCUUUUCUUUUUUUUUAAGGACUUUCCCCAUUGCAGUGAGUUUUUAAAUGCCACAAGACUUCAUUUAAAAUAACCCUCGGGAAAAUGUGUAAGACAGCCUCAUCACGGUGUGUUACUGUUAAAUAUCCACCCACAAGCCCAUGAACUUGGUUGCCCUACUUCACAUUUCUCUACAAGCAAUUCCACGCAGGUUUGUAAGGGGGAACGGAGACGGAUUCGCGUGUUCCGAAAAGUACUCCAAACCCUUGGCUGGUGGAUGAGGAAGGUUAACGAUACAAAGAUUGUUCAAAAAGAAUAACCCAAGAGGACUAACUGGUAGGAACAAGCUUUACUCUUUCGUGUUCUUAGCCUUUCAUUUUUUUUUUUUAAUCAUUCAUUCAAUAGAAAUCACCGUGUGACCUAUUAUUUUGCAAAUCUGUUACCUCUUAGGUCAAGUGUUAACUUUUGGGGAGUGGGUUUUGUGUAUUAUUUUAUUAAUGAUAAUUAACAUCCAACAUGGCUUCUCAUGCUAUUUCUACCUCACUUUGGUUUUGGGGUGUUCCUAAUAAUCGUGCACACAGGCUUUCACCCACUUGUCUCCUGUGUCAAUAUUUUUCUCGAUUUUUUCCCCCCAUUGUAACUUCCACAAGAAAACCCAAAGCUCUAAGGUAACAAAACGACCUGAAGAUUCGGUUUUAGUCUUGCAUUUUUUUCCUUUAUGUGACACUGGACUUUUUCCUUCACCCACAAGUUUGGUUUUUUUGUUUGUGUGUUUGUUUGUUUAACCAUGAUUAAAAACAAGGGGUUGUGUUACUUCCUACUAAGCGGUUUUAAGUUUCCUUCUAAAAGCAGAGGUAAAUAGAGUGCAUAAUUUUAUUUUAAUCUUUUUGUUUUAUCUUUUAGACAUUAGUUCUGGAGUGAGUCUGUCAAAAUAUUUGAAUAAAAAUUGAGAGCUUUACUGCUACAUUUUAAGCAUAAUUUGGACAUUACUUCGUGUUCUUUAUAACCACCAAGUAUUAAACUGUAAUCAUAAUGUAACUGAAGCAUAAACAUCAUGUGGCAUGUUCUGUCAUUGUUUUCAGGUACUGGGUUCUUACUUGAGUAUCAUGAUAGAUUGUGUUUUAACACCAACACUGUAACAUUUACUAAUUAUUUUUUUAAACUUCAGUUUUCCUGCAUUUUCACAACAUAUCAGACUUCACCAAAUAUAUGCCUUACUAUUGUAUUAUAUUACUGCUUUACUGUGUAUCUCAAUAAAGCACGCAGUUAUGUUACAAAAAAAAAAA